AUGAACUUCAUCUUGGUGGUUUUUGCUCUGGUUUGUGUACCGGUGCUGGUUCAUCCGAUUGACUCGUUUGGAGCACCAGAGCCACCUGCAGGAAUGUACAAAAUGGCAGAAGAAGGGGAGAAUAUGAAAUCUGAGGCUGACGAAGCCGGCAUGUCAGAAGAGCAAUUUUACCGCUGCUUCGCGGAUAUCAACUGCAAAUUAGGUCCUGAAGUUUUCCAGCAAGUAAAAUAUUGUUACACUUUGCUCUCACCGGAAGAAGUAAUUGAAUAUGCAGGAUGGUUUCAAGAUUGUCCAGUCGGAAAUUUCGAUACACCAACUUUGGAAGCAGUUAACACGGAAUUUUGCACCUUGGAUUAUCCAGCGCAGAGGAAAGUAAAUGACUGUUUUGCUGAUCACUGCAUGGAAAAACUUACGGAAUUAUGCAAGCAGCCAGAGAACAAGAAACGAUGUAAUAGACUGAAAAAGGCAGCGGUCCGGUACCGAUCCGAUGGACCAGUUACUGAAAAUCACAAAAAGUUAAAUCACUAA